ACUGAUUUGCGGCGACAGCUAGUACGAAAUAAAUAUAUACGAAAAAAUAUGUGCAGAGUAUUGCAAACUUGACAGUCGAUCAGUUGACGUCCAACGUUCGUGUGGCGCGGAGUGCUCGCACGUUUUAGUGUGCUUUGUUUGUAGUUUUGUUUAUUUUGAAAAUGUAUGGAGAUAUACCAAAUCUGACGAGAUGCUGCUUAUGUUUACCGCUAAGAUAUGGCCUCCUGGUAUGGUCAUAUAUUAAAUUGAUCGCUACCAUUGUAAUCUUUGGGAUGAUUCUUAUCUGGAUACCUAUGUUAGUUUUUGUCCUAUUACUGGGUAGGGAUGGAGCAAUUAUUAUUGCAUUCUUUGUACUUAAUCUUGUCAUGCUGCUAUUUGAUAUUAUAUUUAAUAUCGCUUUUAUUGUUGGUCUGCAUAAGAAAAAUACAACAUUGAUAAGAAUUUAUUGGCGCUACGGAAUCGCAUACGCUGUUGCAUUGAUAAUCUUCUUCCUUCUCGUUGGUGGAUUUUUAAUCUCAAAAAAUUCUAUGCCAGUAGAUGAAAAUUUAAUCGAAUCCAUUGCGGUCUUCGCGUCUGGUGUUACCGCGAUCCUAAUUAUUCACACAUACAUUAUGUUAUUAAUAAGAAGUGAACUUCGGAAGCUUAAAAGUGACACUCAUUUCAAAUUCGAGAACCAUGUCACAGAACCCGUGUGUGUUAUGAAAGAACCAAAUGAAAUAGUCACAGAGAAAUAAAUAUAACUUCUGUGUUUACUUUAAACUAUGUCUCAUUUAUAAAAUAA